AUGUUUGGUCUUCCUGGACUUUUAUGUACAAUAGAUCAGAAAGGUGAAGCUAAUAGUGUCGUAUUAGAAGAUGUAGACCGACAAAACGAUGGAGCCUCCAUAAACAUUUAUGGGCCAAAGGGACUUCGCAGAUUCCUUCGACUUGCUCUUGCAUUAUCAAGAGCUAAUUUAAGCUACACUUAUGCUGUUCAUGAGUUGAUACUAGAAGAAAAACAUUGUCCUCCAAAUUGGCAAGACUGGGCAUGUUUGGAGGCUGAUAUAACUCGAGAUCCCCCAUUAUUUUGUGAACGUUCUGGUAGAGACAUUUUUGCGAACAGUGAUGGAUUCUGGUAUAAUGUUACAAAUAAUGAAGAGAACUGUGAAAUGGUGCAUGCAGUGUCUAUAAAACAUACGAUUCCUUCCGUAGGUUGGCUGAUAAUAAAGCCGGAUCAUGCACCUUCCUUGUGUGCUGAGACAGCUAUAAAAUUAGGCGUUCCCAAAGGACGAUUAAUGGGUGAACUGAAACGAGGUAAGACAGUUGUCAUUGAUGGUAAAACAGUUCGACCUGAAGAUGUGUUGAAACCGCGUUUAAGAGGUCAUCGUAUCGCAAUUAUGGGGGAUACGUAUGAUUCUUCUGAACUUUUACGUCUUAUGCAGGUUUUGCAUACUGCAAAUCAAAUUACUUCUAUAACUUUGGAUACCCUUGUACAUGAAGCUACUUUAGACGACAGUUUAUAUGAGGAUGCAUUGAGCAAAGGUCAUUCUGUACCAAGAGUUGUAAUGAAAUUAGCCUGUCAACUCAAUGUUCGUCAGUUAGUUUUAACACAUUUCAGUCAUAGAUAUGAUCGAAUAGAUUCUCCAGAUGAAAACACUAUAAAAAAUGAAAUUGGUGAACAGGUGAAUCAUUCAAAGAAAUCUAAAAAUGAUAAGAAAAACAAACCUAGUUUACAAAUUAUCUUAGAUCAAGCCAAAUCUACAGAUUUCAGUGGAGAUAUCAUUUUGGCUGAUGAUCAACUUUUAGUGAAAAUCCCCCCUGUAACACAAUAACUAUAUUACAACUUUAAUUACGGUGUCUACCUGUCACUAGUGAGACUACUUCAAUACCUAUAUUUCAAUCUAGUGUUAACUCCGAAUCAAAUUUACUGCAACACAACAGUUCGAAAUUUACAACAGAAUCCCGAUGUACCAUUGACUGUGCGACAAAACCUACUAUAUUUGUAUAUCAGUGAUGAUACCAAUAAGCGUCAAUUCUACAAGCAAAUUCUCAGGUGAAAUAAAUAAAUUCAUUUUGUGAAGCUCGGUCUUAUCAAGUGUUAUCGUUUCAAUUACUUCAUGUAAAGGAUGCCAAAACCAUAGAAUACGCUUCCCACCGAACGACUAAAAUGCCAACGUACAUUGAAAAAUAUCGUGUCUAAAAAUAGUGUACUUUAUUUUUGAGCUAAAGAUUUAUUUAACUUGUGGUAAAGUUCCGCAAAUGAUGAACAAUUUGCCUCGCCCACCACAAUCUAAAAAUACCAUUAUCGAAAUCAGAUAAAUGUUCUUUGAGUA